UCGGCUCGUCAGCGGUGACGCGAGCGACGGGAGUCGUGACGGUAUCUUCUAACCCACCGCGACGCCAUGGUCGUCUCCCUGUUCUCGAACGUUCCGCUCGCCUCCUCCAAAUAAUCCACCUCGCGGGUCGGCCCAUCAGUUCCCCGCAUCCAGAAGCAAAACCUUCCCGUCGCCUCGCGCUCCUCCAUCGGCUGAUCAAUCCGCGGCGCUCGGCUCGACGGCGGCAAGAGCCGUCCGUGUUGGAACAGAAUGGAUGAGAAGAAAAUAGCUCGAAUAUCGGUCACUUGGAGAACCAGGCAACUUGAUGUUGACGCGGACCCAAGCUGUACAGUGAAAGAAUUUGGGCAACUGCUCCAGGAUUUGACUAAUGUUAAACCAGAGACGCUGAAGCUCAUAGUUCCACAAUCGGCAAAUAAAGGUUCCAAGCUGAUCACUCCAUUCUCGGAUUCCCAUUCAAGCAUAACACUGAAAGAAGCUGCUAUCGAUGAGGGUAAGCCUAUUAGAAUGAUGGGUGUCUUUGAAGAUGAAAUUGAGGAAGUAUCAGAUAAUGGCAAAAGACCAGAUCUGCGCAUAAUUGGAUUCGAUGAAGAAGAACGGCGGCUGAGGCAACGAUCAUCAGGCAGGCCCCAGGGUUCACUAAAACUUCCACAGGGGCAAUACAUCUUCUGUGAUUUUCGGACACUUCACCUUCCCGGGGUUGAGCUGAAUCCACCACCUUCCGAAGCUCUGAAAAGAAUGCACAUGCUCGCAUGUGACCCUGGCAUAGUUGCGAUCAUGAACAAGCAUAGAUGGCGAGUGGGAAUUAUGACUGAAAUGGCACCAGUGGGAUAUGUAGGUGUUAGUCCGAAAUGCAUUCUAGGCUUCAAUAAGAACAUGGGAGAGGAGAUAUCCCUUCGCCUACGAACUGACGACUUGAAAGGAUUUCGGAAAUACGAAAGUAUCAAGAAAACUCUACUCCAUGAACUCGCGCAUAUGGUGCAUUCUGAGCAUGAUGCCCACUUUUUUGCUCUAAAUAAGCAGUUGAAUGACGAAGCUGCUUCCUUGGACUGGACCAAGUCAAGUGGUCAUGUGCUGAGUGGUCGCAAAGUCCUUGAUUCCUAUGAAGAUGAAUUUCUUGAACCAGAAGGUGAUGUUGUUGGUCACAAGCUUGGGGGAGGAUCAAGCUCACGGGCAAGUGCCCGUGUGUUGUCAGGGGUAGCUGCUUAUCAGCGUCUGUUGAAUGCAUCAUCAACAGAAUUGGAGAGUUCCCACAAUAGAGUUGCUACAUCAGUGAAGAAACCUGAUCCAGAUGAUGCUGGUCAAGAUUUUGUUCAGAGAAAUGUGAAGGUGGAACUAGACCCAGAUGAUAACGAUGUCAUGGCAAUUGUGACGUCAGGGUCACCAGAUUUUGUAUCAUUUACAGCCCAGAACACCAAAGGUUAUUCUGAGCCUGAGCCUGAUGCCGAGAAAAACUCCGUUGAUUUUGUAGAACCUGAUCCUGAUGAUUCAUUAGAUGCUGGCACCCUUAACAAGGAGAUGGAGAUCGACAGUGAGAAUGACAAAGAACCUGAUCCUGAUGAUGGCACCAGUGGAUUUGUCCAGGAAUCUAGAGACAAGAUGGAAGUGGAGACAGAGCUGAAAACUAACACCACAGUUUUGAAGUCUGAACCUGAUCCCGAUGACUCCUGUAAGUCCCUACUGAACCAGGAGGAGGUGAGCAUUGAUGGGAGGCACAUGGGAGAACCUGAUCCCGAUGCUAUGGAAUCUGGAAAUAAUAUUCAAGCGGAGAUUGAACAGAGCAGAAACCUGUCAAUCUUGAAUUCUGAACCUGAUCCUGAUGAUGCUACUGAUUUGAGCAGCAACGAGUUGCAAAGGAUAGAAGAGCCAGUGGCAGCCCUUUGUUCGCGUCUCCAGAAGGCUAUUGAAAUGCUUCGGUCACAAGCAACACCUUCAGAGGCAGCUUCUGUGCUUCAAACACUCUUCAAAAUCAUAAAGAAUGUGAUAGAAAACCCAAAUGACAUUCGAUAUAAGAGACUGCGUAAGUCCAAUCCUCAUUUCCAAAGGAGUGUGGCAAAUUACAAAGCCGCCAUGGAGGUCCUCGAGUUGAUCGGCUUCUGCGAGGAUGUCGUGUCGGAUGAGAUCGGGCGUGCGGAGACCUACCUGGUAUUGAGAAGGAACGAUCCUGGAUUGCUGUGGCUUGCAAAGUCAUCUCUUGAAGUAUCAAUGGGUUGAAAAACUUCUACCUAUAUAUACCCUGUUGACUAUACCUGUAGUUCAUGAAAGUUCAUUCCCUUCAGUGAGUAUAUGCUGCGGAACUGGUUUGGUGUGCUCUCUCAGAAAGGAAUUAUACUGAAGUUGUAUAUGAGAAUGAGAACAUCAAAUUCUUUGUGCUGUUCAUAUAUCAAAUACAUGUGAUUGCAGA